GACCUCGGCGGACGGUGGCUAAACGGCCGGCUGGCGCGCUUGCGCACUGUGGGCGGGUUUGACGCGCCGUCCGAGGCCGAGAUGCGGCGUGCCGUCCCCCCGCCAGUCCGCAGUCGCCAGCUACCAACAAACAGCAUGCGCACGGCUACGCAGGUCGGCCUCUUUUUGGUGGUGGUCCUCGCCUUGGCUGCCGCCAGUGACGAAGACACAACACCACUAGACUCCUCCACUGGGUCACCAACCAACUCUGUCGACGAGGAAUCUUCUAGCAGCGAAAAUGCUGCUGUGCUCUCAGGUGGUCAUCGCCGCGGCCGCGUCACUUGCUACUUCGAGAGCUGGGCUGUGUACCGGAAGAGGUUACGGUAUGGCAUCGAGGACAUUCCAGGAGAUAUGUGUACACACAUCAUCUAUUCGUUCGUCGGGCUCAACAACGUCACGUGGGAGCUUCAAGUACUCGACGAGAAGCUGGACGUGCAAGAUGGCGGCUUUGAGAACUUCACGGCGCUGAGGCAGGAGUUUCCCGGCGUGCGGCUGCAGGUGGCGCUGGGCGGUUGGGCGGAGGGCGGCCACAACUACUCGGCCAUGGUCGGCGACCCCGCCAGGAGGGCCAGCCUCGUGCGCAGCGCCGUCGCUUUCCUGCACAGGUACGGCUUCGACGGCUUCGACGUGGACUGGGAGUACCCGGGCAAUGCGCCACGAGGAGGAGUGCCAGAGGACAAAGACGACUUCCUGUGCUUCAUGCAGGAGCUGCGGGCCGCCUUCGACGCGGAGGGUCUGGGCUGGGAGCUGACCAUGGCGGUGCCACUCACCGAGGACAAACUCCGCGACGGCUUCCACGUGCCACAGCUCUGCAGCAUUGUGGACGCAGUCCACGUCAUGGCUUACGAUUUACGUGGGGAAUGGGACCACUUUGCUGACGUCCACAGUCCUCUUUAUCGGAGGCCCCACGACACGGGAGCUUACGCCAAAAUAAACACGCACGACGGCUUACUUCUGUGGGAGCAACUGGGCUGCCCUGCAGACAAGCUCGUUGUUGGGGUGCCAUUCUACGGCCACGCCUACAAACUGUGUGCCAACGUCACCGACUACUCUCCCGGCGCUUGCAUCGUUCCGUGCACCAGAAAUGACGUCUGUGGGAUGAGCUAUUACCAGAUAUGUAAUGAAAUUCAGAAUGUUGGGGAAUGGACUGUGAAAUGGGACAAAUAUGGCAUGGUUCCAUAUGCUUACAAAGGAAGAACAUGGGUAGGCUAUGAGAAUCCCCACAGCCUUCAAAUAAAGAUGAACUUCAUAAAACAUAAAGGCUAUGCAGGUGCUAUGAUGUGGGCUAUAGAUGAAGAUGAUUUUCAAGGGCUAUGUGGUGAACCAAAUCCUCUUCUUAGUGUUCUCCAUAACAACAUGAAGGAAUAUGUGGUUCCAGAAUCAAAGAAAACAAAUGCUAUGGAAUCUGACUUGGUGCUGGAUCUCAACUGCAAAAGAAUACGACAGCAGCCAAAACUUUCACAGAAGGGUUCACCUGAGGUUUCUGAAAGCACUGCGAAUGGAACUCAGGAAGCACUCAGUUUUAAUGAUACAAUGGAACGUAAUGAAGAAGUAAACUUGUCCACUACAGCAUAAAAUAGCAUGUGUAGUUUCAAAACACAUGUGCCAACAAAAAAUAUUUACUUUGAAACAGUUUAGGAAUGAUAUAUCUCAAUGAAACUAGACAAUGAUAGCAGUUAAAGUUCUGUUGCCAGUUCUGAAAAAUGUGAAUCAAAUUAAACUUCCAAUUUCACUGUAUUUCAGUGCUUUAAAAUGUCAAUAAAUGAACAUUGUUUCAGUAUAAUGUAUAUAUUAUAAGGACAAUAGCCAUAGUUUUGAGUAUGCAUGUGCAUGUUACAUAAGCCAAAACCAAACAUUUAAAUCAGAUUAUAAAUUAUGAGUAAUUCAGUCCAUUUCAAUCACAUUUUAUAAAAUGGAACAAUUCUGAAACAAUGAAAUCAUAUUGAGGUACUUGGUGGAGUCACACUCUUAGAUUUAUAUUUUUUCCCUAUUAUCCUUCAUAUGAGUGUCAAGUUGACACCUUCAUUACAUAUAUAAUUGAUCCUUUUCCUCCAUGUUACCACAAUCACAACAGCCCAAUAAAAAUUUGAUUAAUGAGAAAAAAGAGUCAAAUGCUGGUUUAAUCACUGCACAUGUUUGAAGUAGAAUCAAUAACUCUGAUGUGACAUGAACACUAAUUACAAAGGUAUCAUCUCAUAUCAGUAUAUGUGCAUUAUGAUGUUAUACAGUUACUACUAUAGUUUAACUAGCUGUUUAAAUUAAGGAUACCUACUGAAAUUAUUAAAACUGUGUGCUAACCACAAAAGAAGCUUUGAAUCCUCUACACUGAAUUAUCUGUGUCAUCAGUCAAUGAUUCAAUAACGUUACUAAGUGAAGUGUUACAGUGAUUAUGUCACUCAAUUCGAAUUUGCAGGUUCUUUUUAGCUGAAGAAGAUGUAAACAUUUCUGCCAGAUGUUAGGUAGUUGCACAUUUCCAUACUGUUAAAAAAAAUGUUUCAUCAGAAUCCAUUAGCUAUUAUGUAGUCACCUACAGAAGGCCAUUGCAAGAGUGCAGGCUGCUGGUCCAUUUCAAUGUCAAACAGAUCUGCUUUAGGUGGAUUUCUUAUGUCCCCACUGCAUCCAUAUCAAUAAUUUUUAAUAUGCUUCCUGCUAUUGACUGUGAGAAAUUGUACAAUGUCUCUAGAGUGCAUAGACUUCUCCCUAUUCAAGUACUGAUAUAUGACAUCAUCCUUCCACCCAACUUAUAGUGUAUACAUUAAGAAACCAAGCAUCCUCUACUGCCAAUUCCGAUUACAUUUGCUGUGUAAUAGUUUUUGCUAGACUGAUAAGAUGCAUGGCCAUAGGCAGCACUCAGAUUGCCUUUUUCACCCUGCAAUACAGUCCAAUGCAGAAUCUAGUUAAUACUAGGGUAGUGUUGUGAACAUGUUGCAAGGCACUUCUUACUGAAACAUAUGGAACUGCAUAGCACAGGUCUUAGCAAAGUACUCUAUUGAGGGAUGAAAUGAAGUUCUUCUUAACCCCAUGGAAGACUGGAUACAUAGUCAGAACAGUUCUACUGUCUGUCAACUCUAAGUUUCAACAACGAAAAUUCACGAUUUUUCAAUGCAGGGCAGGAGGUGUUGAGAUCAGAGUGUAAUCACUGUUAUCACAUUAAGAGCAGCUCUAAGUAUAACUGAUCUGGGAAAAAAGAAAAGGAUGUAUUUUAAUGAUAAUACCUUAUUCUUCUCAAAGUGUAUU